GUAAGAUGACGCUCAGCUCAGCGCUUCUUGAUCAUGACUGAGUCUAUGAAGCUCUGAUAUCUUUAUUUCUUAGACUAAACUAUGGAUGAAUCGAAGAUGCGUUCAACUGCGCUCUGCUUGACUUGCUCAUCGUCUCUUCUGCCCAAAUUCGAUCCAGACUUAUUUAUGACCGAGUGCUGCAGUCGCCCCAUCUGUCCUGCCUGUAUCAGCUCAAACCCUCGCUUGAGGAACUAUAACCCCUGCUUGUCCUGCUUGGGCGGCGUGGGCGUGGUCAGCUCGGCUUCCGCUCGGAAUAUUCGCGCCGCUACAGUGCGGGACGAAGAUAUAUUUAUUCUGGGAGAUGAUGAAGAUGAUGAAGGCGAAGCUCACGAGCUUGCUCCGGCGUCCCCAAUCUCCAAAGUUGCCCCGCCUGCAUAUCCCCUACCGGUUUCGUCGUCAUCUAGCCUAAUCAGUGAAUCAACACUCAUCACCCAGACCAGCAAUGCUUCCGCAGGACAUGCGGAGGUUGUAGUCGCUGACAAGCAAUGUAUCCCCUCUAGAUAUUACAUUAAUCCCAAGGACACACUACAAGGGAUUGCUUUACGUUAUGGAGUUAAUGGUCGGGAAUUGUGCCGCUUAAAUAACCUACCCCCAAGCACCCUUUCCACCACCCCUCAUCUACUCCAUACCCGCACUUUUAUCGUCCUACCACCCUCCGCCAAGUCACUCUCCGUCACGCAGGAUGCGGACCUGGACGCAAGAGCAAGGCGCGUCCGUGAGAAAGCCACGAGGCGUUUGCAAAUGCUGACGAAAGAGGUAGACUGGCGCGUGGCGAAGGCAUACGUAGCUCUGGCUGAUGAUCCUGAUGAAGAGGCUGUGUAUGGCAUCAAGUACAAGGAAACGGGCGGCGUUGGUAUAAGCAAUUUGGAAGCACGUGCGGCUGAUCACUCGGUGAAAUCGCUACCACUGCUCCAAGGCAGAGUUGUCGCAUAUACAUGAGAACGCCACUAUCGUUCCUAGCGAUC